AUGGAGCUAGAGGUCAAAAGGGACAAACUGCGCUGGCUCCUCAUCAGCGAGUGCAGCGUCCUCCUCGGCGAGGACAAGCUCACCUUCGAGGGCUUCCAGAAGUGCUUCAAGAACCAGAAGUUUCUGCGGAAUUUCUUCAGGCUCUUCGACCUGGAGAACGAAGACACGCUAUGCCAGGAGAAGUGGAUUGAGCAUCUCAAGGGGCGUCUCACGGAAGAGAAGCAGAUCGAUUUCGCCGAGCAGCUGGAGUCCGUUGCUUACGUCCUCUGUGGCGAUGGCAGGAUCUCGUUCGAGAAGUUCUGCGAAAUAUGGCACGCGAAGGGAAUCCUGGACAAGCUCUACCGCCUGAUCGACACGGACGGUCUUCAUCAAGUCUCCACGCAUCAGAUCAUGGAGUUCAUGUCCAAUCUCACGAACGCCCGGCCGCGGACGGGUUUCGACAAGAGCUCUCUCGAUCGCCUUGAGCACCUCUUCAAGAAGACUGUGGGAAACGAGCGGGAAAUCCGACGCGAGGACUUCAAGAAAAUCGUGACGUCGAAGAAUCCCUUCUUCACAGAGCGCGUCUUCCAGAUCUUCGACAAGGACAACUCAGGAUCGAUUUCACUGCCGGAAUUCAUCGACGCCAUGCACCAGUUCGCCGGGCAGUCGCCGGAGGACAAGAUCAAGUUCCUCUUCAAGGUGUACGAUCUCGAUGGCGACGGUCUGAUCCAGCACCGCGAGCUCCAGCACGUGAUGCGCGCGUGCAUGGAGGAGAACGGCAUGCGAUUCUCACAGGAGCAGAUUGAGGACCUCACGAUGGCCAUGUUCGAGGAUGCUGAUCCCUAUAACCGUGGCGCCAUCACGUACGAGGCGCUGAAGAACCAACUGGAGAAGCACGGCGGCCUGCUGGAGAACCUCAGCAUCAGCAUCGACCGCUGGCUCGUGCCGCUGCCACAGGAGCCGGCCAGGAAGGCGAAGAAGCCGCUGCCGCACCAGCUGACGACGCCCUACCUGAAGAACAACUACGUCUAUCUCACCUUCCUCUGCUUCUUCGUGGCCAUCAAUGUGGGACUGUUCAUCUCGCGCGCCAUCCAGUACAGAGAGAGCAACGGAUUCGUCAUUCUUGCCCGAGCCUGCGGACAAUGUCUCAACUUCAACUGCGCCUGGGUCCUUGUGCUGAUGCUGCGUCACACGAUCACCUUUUUGAGGACGCGGGGAUUGGGUGCUUUCAUCCCGCUCGACCAUCACAUUUACCUGCACAAAUUGACGGGCGUUAUGAUCGCCGGAUUCAGCUUGGUUCACACCAUUAUGCACCUCUUCAACUUCACCCUGAUCGUCGCCCACGAUCCUGUGGUCAAUCACGGCAACUACUCAGCCGCCACCUGGAUCUUCACAGCUACUCCCGGCCUCUUCGGACUCAUUCCAGGCUACGCGAAUCCCACUGGAAUUGCGCUGCUGUGCGUCCUCGCCGUCAUGUUCAUCUGCUCGCAGCCUUUCGUGCGACGCGGCGGAAGCUUCGAAAUCUUCUACUGGACGCAUCUUCUCUACGUGCCAUUCUGGUUCCUGGUGCUGAUCCACGGGCCAAACUUCUGGAAGUGGUUUAUUCUGCCAGGACUUAUUUACACCUUUGAGAGAGCUUUGAGAUUAAUCUGGAUGCGUUCGCAGCGCGGGAAGACCUACAUCUCCUCCGGAUUGCUCCUACCGUCCAAAGUGACUCACUUGGUCAUCAAACGUCCACCGCAUUUCCACUUCCGCCCUGGUGAUUAUGUGUUCGUCAACAUUCCUGCCAUUGCCAAGUACGAGUGGCAUCCUUUCACGCUCAGCAGCGCUCCAGAGCAGGAGGAUUACAUGUGGCUCCACAUUCGAGCCGUUGGAGAGUGGACGAAUCGCCUCUACAGCUACUUCGAAAGGGAGCAGAAUCGCCUGCACAGCGGAGAAAUUCCUCCGGCCUCUUCUCAGGACAUUCUCAGAAAUGCUCCAAAACCCGCGAAGACCAACAGCUUUGAAACCCGCAUGGAGAAGGUUAAUGAAUCCAUGGAAGCCAACGGAGAAGCCUGUGAAGAGAAACCAGCGAGAAGUCUUCCAGGAACGUCCAAACUUGCUCUGGACAACACGAAACCAGUAAAGUUUGAGCGGCAGAUUUCUGAGAAAACAGCAAUAAAGAAGCUUCAAGCAUCCAUCCAGAGAACCUUCUCCAAUGCUGACAAGCAGAAAAAUCCCGCAAACGGAGAAUACUGGAAUGAAGGAUUCACCAUGAAGCCAGAAGCAGAGCCAGCGAGACCGCCCGUUCCCAGGAAACUCACUCCGGAAAAGAACUUGAGGAUGCUUCUGUUCAACAACAAGGCGCCACUGGAGAAAUCCCUCUCCAUGCCAGACGUGAAUAAUCGCGUGAAGAAGCGCGAGCGCUUGAUGGUAUUGAGAGAAUACAUGCGAUCGGAGUCCGAGAGAUCCUUCGAUGAGGGCCAAAUGCGCAAGGCUCGUCUGCAAUCUCUGGGCCUGGCCUAUUUGAGUCCCCAGAACAAGUCUCUGGCCCAGAGCUUCCGCUACAUGCGCAACAAGCCUACCAUCAUUGCUUUCAAGACGCCGAGCUUGGAGAACUGCGAACAGAGACCGUCCACUAAUUCCAUCGGCUCGAUGAUUGUGUCUCCUGGAAUGUACACGCAGAAAGAGGCCGAGGAAGGCAAGAUUCUCAGGCGUCUUGGCAAUGAAGAGAGCGAAAGAGGACCUCGAGCAGUGAAUUAUCCAGUCGGAAAGCCUCUGGAAAUCUUCAUCGAUGGACCUUAUGGCGCUCCUUCGAGUCACAUUUUCAGGGCUCAACACGCAAUUCUAAUUGCUACAGGAAUCGGCGUGACGCCGUUUGCCUCCAUCCUGCAGUCCAUCAUGCAUCGCUACUGGAAGGCGCGCCAUUCCUGUCCGCGCUGCAACUUCCAGUGGUCCAGCGAGAUCCCGCAGAGUGUCAUGAACCUGCGCAAGGUGGACUUCUUCUGGAUCAAUCGCGACCAGCGCUCCUUCGAGUGGUUCGUCAAUCUGCUGUCGCAGCUCGAGAUCGAGCAGGCAGAGCUGGGCGGCGCCAUGGAGCGCUUCCUGGACAUGCACAUGUACAUCACCAGCGCCCUGCAGAAGUCCGACAUGAAGGCCGUGGGGCUGCAGCUAGCGCUGGACCUCCUGCACCAGAAGGAAAAACGGGACUUGAUCACUGGCCUGAAGACGCGCACCAACGCCGGCCGUCCCAACUGGGACAAGGUGUUCAAGCAGAUCCAGGAUCAGCAGCGCGGCAAGGUGACAGUGUUCUACUGUGGACCACCGCAGUUGGGCAAGACACUGCGCUACAAGUGCGAUCAGUACGGCUUCUCCUUCCGGAAGGAGAUCUUCUAGCAUCG